CCGCUCUCUGGGCUGUGCAGCCAAUCGGCGCGGCCCGCGGUGGCUGCGCGCGGCGCUCGGCGGCCGCCAUUUUGUGGGAGGGCACUGGCGAAGGACGGAGAGCGGCGGCGGGUCGGCGGUGGCUGAGGACAAGCAGCCAUGGCUGGCCAUGACUCGGGAUCUCAACACCAGUUCACUGGAUUUCAGAAAUACUUCAAUUCCUAUACCAUCACAGGCAGGAGGAAUUAUGUAAUAGCAACGUACACGGGUAUUGCAAUGAUCAUCUUGUAUUUCAAGCUUAGACCUAAAAAGAAAACUCCUGCUGUGGCAGAUAAGUAAACGCAGGUUGCUGGCGUGUCUGAACCUCCAAUCUGUGUCAUUGUAAUGCAAGCUGAUGACCUGUUGUGGCUAAUAAAAUAAAAGCAAUUACUUUGGGUUUUUUGAAAUAUGAAAUGGUGCAAAAAAGCAUAAACUGUGGCACUUUGCUUUUUUUUUUCCUCUGUCAAAAAUAGUUAUUUGUAGUGAUGAUGGAGUAGCUGUUUUCUGUCACUACUAUCUUAACUAAACUCUUCUGCUGUUAUAACACAUCCUAAAGUGUUCUGAGCACCUAGUGGUAACCUAGGAAAGAUGUCAGCAGCAGGACAAUAAUACUGGCCCAGAGCUUAAGAGCUGAUCAGAGCCAUCUCCACGCUUCCAUGUCAUAGUGGUUUGCGGUUACCUAGUUACUCCUUUUUUUUUUGCUUUCCGAGCUAGUAGCUUACAUGGAGACAGUGACUUCUUCAUUACUAUUACUGCAAUGCAGAUUAAACUUCUGUCUGCAUUUUGCACAGAACCCAUCUGGUUUUGAUGAAAAACCUCCCAAAAUAGAUUGAUCAAAUGAUGGUAUUUGAGCUUUUUCUGUUACUGGCCUCUCUUGCAGAGGUAACUUCCAGAAAGAAAAUGGCUUACUUUGCUGAUAUUAAGCUCUCAUAACUGCAUGUUCAUAAACAGUGACUUGAGUAGUUCAGUGCUUAUUUUUCCUGGACAUAGUCUCUUAAUAAAUGAUAUGUUCCUACCACAGUUAGAUAUAUGCAGCCCCCUCCCUGCCCAACACUGAAACUUGUCUAUCAUGUCCUCCACGGUGUCUUUCUAUAUCUCAAUUAAAAAUCGGCACCUUCCUUAGAUGUCACAUUAGUGCUACUGUGUGGAUGUGAUUGUACAGCACCCUGUUUCUUGGAGGGGUGCCAGCAGCAGGGGUUGAACCUGGGACUUCUGAUGCUAAAGCAUGCAAAUGUACUUCCCCAACUGAGGGCAGCAGGAGGUAGGCACGGUUGCGGGAAAAA